UCUGCUAAUCAAAGGGUUUCUAUUGCAAAAAUACAGUGAGAAUUUCCUGUAUUGUGAUAUCCGGAACAUUUUAGAAGCUGGUAGUUUUACUGCUUCUUGGUCAGUACUACACAUAUGUGGCUCACCAAUAGAUGAUUCAGGAACAUCCUGUAAAUACACAUUUGUUUCUUUUAAAUUACUUCGCGCACAGCUUUCGGAUUCCUUUGCUUCCAGCCCAGCUCUGUGAUCGAGCACCACUCUUCCCCAACAAGCACACCUCGGGCCUUCCCUGCAUCCACCUGGGACAUCACCUCUCAUGGCAGCUUUUCAGAACAAUUUAUGGAGCCUGAUUUCUGGAACUUUGGCAGUAGUGUGCCUUUUGUUGAUGGCUACUUUGGGAGUUUUAUUGAAAAAUUCAUUUGCCACAGAAAGCAUUCAGCCAACACCCUCUCCAGGAUCUACCAUAGAACCCCAGGAAGGCUGUGGCUGCUGUCCUUGCAAAGAGAAGUGGAUUGGGUACCGAUGCAAUUGUUACUUCUUUUCCAAUGAAGAAAAAACUUGGGCAGAAAGUAGGGAUUUCUGUGCUUCUCACAAUUCCAGUCUACUUCGGCUGGAAAGCAAAGAUGAAUUUAACUCUAGGAUCUCCGAUGGACGUUAUUACUGGAUUGGACUCACUUAUAACAAAAGACGUGGUGCGUGGCUGUGGGAGGACGGCUCUGCUCUCUCCCGGGAUCUAUUUCCAUUGUUUUCACCUCUAAAUCCACAGAAUUGCAUAUUGUAUGAUAGCGAUACUAUUUGGGAUGAAGAUUGUGGGAAGAAACAUGGUUUUAUCUGUAAGCAAUAACUUACUGAAGUGUUUCUUGGGGCCGGGGAACAAUGCGGGUUCAGGUUUACCUUUUAUCUCAUAUUAUUACUAAUUAUCUACUUCUUAGGUCCAUAAAUUUUUUGAUUUUUUGUCUUAUACAAUUUGUAUGUAUUUGAAUCCACGUGUUUUAAAAUUGAUUAAAUUUCUGUACUGAUACUUGAAUUUAUUAAGCAUAGAGAUAAACAAUGUUAUGAAUAUUUAGAUUUUAUGUGUUUAAUAUUAAAUGUAUUGUAGUUUCAUGCAUCUUUUCUGGCAAAUUAUCUCUGCACAAAUAUUUAAGUAAAAUUUACAACACCAAAUAAUAUAUAUCAACAUAAUUUCAGUGCUUCAUGUCCUUGUUGUUGUUGUCAGGUUCCGUCGAGUCGAUUCCGACUCAUAGCGACCCUAUGCACAACAGAAGGAAACACUGCCCAGUCCUGCGCCAUCCUUACAAUAGUUCUUAUGCUUAAGCUCAUUGUUGCAGCCACUGUGUCAAUCCACCUCAUUGAGGGUCUUCGUCUUUUCCGCUGACACUGUACUCUGCCAAGCAUGAUGUCCUUCUCCAGGGACUGAUCCCUCCUAACAACAUGUCCAAAUUAUGUAAGAUGCAGUCCCUCCAUCCUUGCUUCUAAGGAGCAUUCUGGCUGUACUUCUUCUAAGACAGAUCUGUUUGUUCUUUUGGCAGUCCAUGGGAUACUCAAUUAUCUUCGCCAACACCACAAUUCAAAGGCGUCAAUUCUUCUUCGGUCUUCCUUAUUCAUUGUCCAGCUUUCACAUGCAUAUGAUGUGAUUGAAAAUACCAUGGCUCGGGUCAGGCACACCUAAGUCUUCAAGGUGACCUCUUUGCUCUUCAACACUUUAAAGAGGUCCUUUGCAGCAGAUUUACCCAAUGCAAUGCGUCUCUUGAUUUCUUGGCUGCUGCUUCCAUGGCUCUUGAUUGUGGAUCCAAGGAAAAUGAAAUCCUUGAAAACUUCAAUCUUUUCUCCGUUUAUCAUAAUGUUGCUCAUUGGUCCAGUUGUGAGGACUUUUGUUUUCUUUAUGUUGAGGUGCAAUCCAUACUGAAGGCUGUGGUCUUUGAUCUUCAUUAGUAAGCGCUUCAAGUCCUCUUCACUUUCAGCAAGCAAGGUUGUGUCAUCUGCAUAACCUAGGUUGUUAAUGAGUCUUCCUCCAAUCCUGAUGCCCUGUUCAUCUUCAUAUAGUCCAGCUUUUCAUACUAUUUGCUCAGCAUACUCAUUGAAUAAUUAUUUUGAAAGAAUGCAACUCUGACACACACCUUUCCUGACUUUAAUCCACUCGUUACCAACUUGUUCUGUCCGAACAACUGCCUUUUCAUCUAUGUAAAGGUUCCUCAUGAGCACAAUUAAGUGUUCUGGAAUUCCCAUUCUUCGCAAUGUUAUCCAUAAUUUGCUAUGAUCCACACAGUUGAAUGGCUUUGCAUAGUCAAUAAAACACAAGUAAACAUUCUUCUGGUAGUAUCUGCUUUCAGCCAGGAUCCAUCUGACAUCAAUGAUAUCCCUGCUUCCACGUCCUCUUCUGAAACCGGCCUGAAUUUCUGGCAGUUUCCUGUCGAUAUACUGCUGCAACUGUUUUUGGAUGAUCUUCAGCAAAAUUUUUCUUGCGUGUGAUAUUAAUGAUAUUGUUCUAUAAUUUCCACAUUUGGUUGGAUCACCUUUCUUGGGAAUAGGCCUAAAUAUGGAUCUCUUCCAGUCAGUUGGCCAGGAAGCUAUCUUCUCUAUUUCUUGGCAUAGACAAGUUAGCACCUCCAGCACUGCAUCUGUUUGUUGAAACAUCUCAAUUGAUAUUCCAUCAGUUCCUGGGGCCUUGUUUUUCACCAAUGCCUUCAGAGCAGCUUGGACUUCUUCCUUCAGUACCAUAGGUUCCUGAUCAUAUGCCACCUCUUGAAAUGGUUAAACAUUGACUAAUUCUUCUUGGUAUAAUGACUCUGUAUAGUCCUUCCAUCUUCCUUUGAUACUCCUGCGUUGUUUUAUAUUUUCCCCAUGGAAUCUUUCACUAUUGCAAGUCGAGGCUUGAAUUUUUUGUUCAGUUCUUUCAGCUUGAGAAAUGCUGAGCGUGUUCUUCCCUUUUGGUUUUCCAUCUCCAGCUCUUUGUACAUGUCAUUACAACACUUUACUUUGUCUUCUCGAGAGGGCCUCUGAAAUCUUCAGUUCUUUUACUUCAUCAUUCCCUCCUUUUGCUUUAGCUGCUCGAUGCUCAAUAGCAAGUUUCAGAAUCUCCUCUGACAUCCAUCUUGGUUUUUCUUUGUUUCCUGUCUUUUCAGUGACCUCUUGCUUUUUUCAUGUAUGAUGUCCUUGAUGUCAUUCCACAACUUGUCUGGUCUUUGGUCACCAAUGUUCAAUGAAUCAAAUUUAUUCUUCAGAUGGUCUCUAAAUUCAGGUGGGAUGUACUCAGGUUCAUAUUUUGACUCUCGUGGACUUGCUCUGAUGUUCUUCAGUUUCAGCUUGAACUUGCAUAUGAACAAUUGAUGGUCUGUUCCACAGUUGGCCUAUGGCCUUGUUCCGACGGAUAAUAUUGAGCUUUCUCAUGGUUUCUUUCCACAGAUGUAGUCAAUUUGAUUUUUGUGUGUCCAUCUGACAAAGUCCAGGUGUAUAGUUGCCGUUUAUAUUGGUGAAAGAAGGUAUUUGCAAUGAAGAAAUCGUUGAUCUUGCGAAAUUCUAUCAUUUGACCUCAAGCAUUGUUUCUAUCACUAAGGGCAUAUUUUCCAGCUACUCAUCCUUCUUGACAUCCUUAUUUGCUUUAGAGUUUUAUAUUUAAGUGGAAACAAUCAAUAUCUAAUAAUUGAUCUCAAUAUAUAAAGAAUCAAGUUGUCUUAGUCAUCCAGUGCUGCUAUAACAGAAAUACCACAAGUGGAUGGCUUUAACAAAGAGAGGAUUAUCUCUCAAGUCUACAAAGAGAGAAGUCUGAAUUCAGUGUGCCAGCUCCAGGCAAAAGGUUUCUCUCUUUGUUGGUUCUGGAGGAAGGUCCUUGUGUGCAGUCUUGACUUGGUCUGGAAGCAUCUCAGCACAAGAACCUCAGGUCCAAAGGACACUCUCUGCUCCUGGCGGUGAUUUCUUGGUGGUAUGAGAUCAAUCCCCAUGGCUCUCUGGUAGUUUCUUUCCUUUAUAACUCAAAAGAGAUUGGUUUAAGAUACUAUCUAACCUUCUAGAUCCCAUUAACAUAUCUGCCACUAAUCCAUCUCACUAACAUCAUAGUCGUAGGAUUUACAACGUAUAGGGAAAUCACAUCAGAUGACAAAAUGGUAGAGAAUCAUAUAGUAGUGGGAAGCGGGACCUAGGGAAGUUGACAGAUAUUUUGGGGGGACACAAUUCAAUCCAUGAUACAAGGAGAGGAAAAAACAUUAAAUUUUAUUUAUUAAAGACUAAAUAAAAUAGGGCUACAAUACUGAAUUCUUCGUGCUCUUCUAUGAUGAUUCACUUAGGAAAAACGCACACAAAUUGUCUGAUGAAAGAUGCAGAUUUUAAAAUGCUUGACCUUUGACUAGAGAAAUUACAUAUCACACUUUCUGAAUAUUUAAAAUCUUCUGGUUUUAUUGUUCAUGUAUUUUUAAAGUAAUACACUUUUAGCUCGACUAAAAACCAAAUCAAUAGUAUAGAGGCAUAUAAUGAAAAUCAAGUUCCAUGUCUCAAGUGUACCAUCUCCCUGUCCUCCUCCCAUGGGGCGCUGUUUCUUGGUUUGAUUUUGCUGUUUAUAGUGGUUUUCUCUGUAAGAGCAAGAGAAAUCUACCUGUUUAUAUUUAGCCACAUCCAAGUAUAGGUUCAAGGUUGUUCUCUUUCAUGUCAUUACUCUCUCAGGUGUUUUAAGCCACAUCUGAGAGCUCACAGACAUUUAUUACAGUUCCAAGAAGAGGGGGCAACAGAAGGUGUUCAAUACGAUGGGAGAUGUCUACUUUUAGAGGGUAAUUCAUAUCAAAAAUUAUCUCCACUGGAAGAAAAAAAUUCUCCUUGCCCUCCAAUAACAAUUGAGAUGUUUCUUCAGCUACUAUAACACUUCAGGGCACUGAUAACAGAAGGUGUUGACUUGAAUGUAGAUAUUGGUCAUCCAAGGGAGAGUAUCUUUCUCAUAGCAUGAUCACAUUAUAUUAGAUGCACUCAAUUCAUGCUCACUUGACUGCUUUCUCUCAUCUUUUACAGUCUUUAGUAAGGGGGGGAAGAAGCAUUUUUUUUUAUUGGCAGGGCUUUCUCUCAGCCUUUUUUUUU